GGCGCUUUGUUCCAGUUCACAUCCCAACCCUCGGCUGCGUUUCUCAUCUUCAACUCCGCGGCACUCCCCCUCUCGUUCGGCUCACAGUAUGAUUCCCCACCCGCAACAGUUCAUGCUGCAACCUGUCGGCCACGUUGAGAGCCGCAGGGCACGACAUUUCCGAACUCCGGAUUCUCGCUUCGGCAAGCGGGCUACGGGCUGCAAUUCGCGACUCGGGUGAGACACAAAAUCCUGAUGAAGCCUUUAUCGAACCCCGGCACUUAAUCCUCGAACUUGGUGGGCAUGACCUCGCCGAACGGGUUUAGUCAAACCGCUAGCUUGGGCCAACUGCCUGCAACGGAUGCAGUUUCGUCUUCCGCGUCGCCCGGCUUCGGGCCUUCGUGUGCCAACAUGCGGGCAGCGGGAGGAAGGAACGACGGCUGCAGAGGGACUUUUUCGCUCCUGAACCCACCUGGAAAAGAGCACCAACCACAAACCUGGCUUCCCGCCGGGCGCCCAUGCUGCUGUCGCAGCCAAGUCACACGUCUUUUAUCCCGUCCCCGUCCAGUCGGUGUCGAGAAAAAUGGCCCUGCCUUGCGAGCUGGCCUACCACAAUUGGGCGAUUCGGCGAAUGACCUAAAUUUAAGGUGCCGCUCCUCCCCGCUUCACUGUUGCAGUUCAAUGCCACAUGUUUUUCGGUUCACCGGGUCGAACCGUGGUCCCUCUUCUUCCUUGCUGACUGGGUCCCUCUUCUGGAAACGAAACUUGAAGCCAAGUUCCUCCCUGAGACUGAGACCGGUACAUACCUGUCCUCCAAACAACCAACUCCGAGUUUGUAUUCAGACAGAUUGCGCCAUGUGUCAGUCACCAGAGGCACACAUCGAAAUUGACGAGGGGCAAGCGGGCGACAACGACUCAGUUCUUGGGGACGAGCUCUCGGCCUUCACGGCCUCCAUCACAUCCAGCAUCCUCAACUACCCGGUCGAGAACGGGCGCCGGUACCAUGCCUUUCGGGCGGGGGCUUAUUACAUGCCAAACGACGACCUCGAGCAGAAUAGGCUCGAUUUGGCUCAUGCCAUGAUGACCAAGGCGAUCGGCGACAACCUGUUCCUCGCUCCAGUCGACACCGACAAGAUGCAACGUGUGCUUGAUAUCGGCACUGGCACGGGAAUAUGGAGCAUGGCAAUGGGUGACGAAUACCCCAACGUAUCGCAGAUUCUAGGAAACGAUCUGAGUGCUAUACAGCCGCCAUGGGUGCCGCCUAACGUCAAAUUCGAGAUCGACGACGUUGAAUGUCCGUGGGUUUACGAGAUGCCCUUUGACUUCAUCUUUUGCCGGUACAUGACCGGUUCCAUCAAUGACUGGCCCAAGCUUGUGGAGAGGGUCCACGAAAACCUCAACCCUGGUGCUUGGGCCGAGUUCCAGGACUUUGACCUGCAAUACUACUCGGAAGACGGCUCUCUCAAGCCCGAAUCGAACACCCUGACAUGGAUCAACACGUUCCUUAAGGCCACCGACAAGAUGGGUCGCGAGGCAUGCCCCGGUCCUAAGCUCGAAGAAUGGGUGCGCGACGCGGGCUUCACCAACGUGACGCACCAAAAGUUCCGCUUACCCAUCGGCCCCUGGCCAAAGGACGCGCAUCUGAAGCAGGUUGGCUUGUACAACAUUUCGCAAAUCAUGACCGGACUCGAGGCCUUCUCGCUGCGAAUAUUUUGCGACGUGUUGGGGUGGAGCAAGGAGGAGGUUUUCGUGCUGCUUGCCGAGGUGCGAAACGAACUCAAGGACCCGAAAUUGCACGCACAGUUUGACUACCAUGUCGUUUAUGGGCAGAGAAAGGAGGAUUGAGACUGACUUACGAGUUGCUUCUCGUUUUGGUCUCGUGGGGUUAUCGGAAGGUAGAUUCAUUCAUCCCCAACCUACGCAGAGACUAUAAUAUUAUACCAUUCAAGCUUUUCCGUCCUUCCCUCCCUCCUUUCCUUCCCUCUGUUUUUCUUUCUGUCCUUCUCUCCAAAGGAAUCGUUGUCGCGGUCGGUAGGACUAGCCAGGGUAGUCGUGAAACGGGCUUUUAUCCAAACAUCUGG